CGGCGGCGGCGGCGGCGGCUGCCUGGACGGGACGCGACGCGAGGCGCGGUGGGGGGGCGGCCGUCGGUGCGACCGCAGCGGCGGCGGCCCCAUGUUUUCGCCCAGCCAGGAGGAGCUGUGCGCGCUGAACAAGGAGCCCGUCAAGUACGGGGAGCUGGUGGUGCUGGGGUACAAUGGAUCCCUCCCGAACGGUGACAGAGGACGCAGGAAAAGCAGGUUUGCCCUUUAUAAGCGUCCCAAGGCCAAUGGAGUUAAACCCAGCACUGUUCAUGUCAUCUCUACUCCUCAAGCAUCAAAGGCAAUCAGCUCUAAAGGUCAGCACAGUAUCUCUUUCACAUUAUCCAGGAAUCAGACAGUUAUAGUGGAAUAUACUCAUGAUAAGGACACAGACAUGUUCCAGGUUGGGAGGUCCACAGAAAGCCCCAUAGACUUUGUAGUAACAGAUACUAUUUCUGGAAGCCAAAAUAAUGAUGAAACCCAGAUCACCCAGAGCACCAUAUCCCGCUUUGCCUGCAGGAUAGUUUGUGACAGGAGCCCACCCUACACAGCAAGGAUCUUUGCAGCUGGCUUUGACUCAUCUAAAAACAUAUUUCUUGGUGAAAAAGCGGCAAAGUGGAAAAAUCCCGAUGGCCACAUGGAUGGAUUGACAACCAACGGGGUGCUGGUGAUGCAUCCCAAAGGAGGGUUCACGGAGGAGUCCAAGCCCGGAGUGUGGCGGGAGAUCUCGGUCUGUGGGGAUGUCUACACGCUCCGGGAAACCAGGUCUGCCCAGCAGAGGGGGAAACUGGUAGAAAAUGAGACCAACAUCCUCCAGGACGGCUCCCUGAUCGACCUGUGCGGGGCCACCCUGCUGUGGAGAACGGCGGACGGACUGUUGCACACCCCGACGCAGAAGCACAUCGAGGCCCUGCGGCAGGAGAUCAACGCUGCCAGGCCACAGUGCCCCGUGGGCUUGAACACUCUGGCCUUUCCCAGCAUCAACAGGAAGGAUGUGGUGGAGGAGAAGCAGCCCUGGGCCUACCUCAGCUGUGGCCACGUGCACGGCUACCACAACUGGGGGCACCGCAGCGACACGGAGGCCAACGAGCGCGAGUGCCCCAUGUGCAGAACCGUGGGCCCCUACGUGCCGCUCUGGCUGGGCUGCGAGGCCGGUUUUUACGUGGAUGCGGGGCCCCCCACCCACGCCUUCACCCCCUGCGGACACGUGUGCUCGGAGAAGUCGGCCAAGUACUGGUCCCAGAUCCCGCUGCCCCACGGGACUCACGCGUUCCACGCCGCCUGCCCGUUCUGCGCCACGCAGCUCUCCGGGGAGCACAACUGCGUCAAGCUCAUCUUCCAGGGCCCCAUCGACUGAUGCCGCUCGGCGGCGACCACAAUAAAAAGUUUCCUUUAAUGAU